AUCAGAGCUUUUUUUGUGCUCCUCUGAAUCUUAGAACCACCAGCUAUAAAAGUCCAACCUGGAAUGCUUGACGUCAUUCUCAACAGCCCAAUUCUCCUACCAUGUGAAGCGGUAGGCUCACCACGUCCUAAAAUAACGUGGCAGAAGGAAGGGGUCAGUGUUAACACCACAGGGGAUAGUUAUACCAUUCUCCCCAGUGGCAGUUUGCAGAUUGCAAAAGCUGCUGCUGAAGACGCUGGAACUUACAUUUGUGUGGCUCAGAAUCCAGCCGGUACUGCCCUUGGGAAGAUCAAACUGAAGAUCCAAGUUCCUCCAGCUAUCAGAUCUCACCCGGAAGAAUACGUGGUGGUUUUGGAUAAGCCUGCCACGCUGUUGUGUGAAGCAGAUGGCUAUCCGGCUCCUGAGAUCGUGUGGCAUAAAGAUGGACAACAGGUCACAGAGUCCAUGAGGCAGAGAAUCCUCAGCAUGGGGUCUUUGCAGAUUGCCUUUGCUCAUCCGAGCGACACCGGCCGUUACACAUGCACGGCGACCAACGUGGCUGGAGCAAGCAGCUCGAGCAUGGAGCUCACUGUGCUUGUUCCACCUAAGAUACGCAGUACAGAAGCCCAUUACACAGUUGCAGAAAAUGCACAAGUGGUUCUGCCGUGUGUUGCUGAUGGAAUGCCAACGCCAUCCAUGAAUUGGAAGAAAGAGGGCCAAUUUUUAAUGAGCAUGGUGGGAAAAUACACUGCUCUGUCAUAUGGAGAUCUCAUUGUGGAUAAUGCUGUGCCUGAAGAUUCUGGCAGCUACACCUGCAUUGCCAGUAAUGUUGCUGGUGAAGAUACCCACACCGUCAACUUAACCGUCCAUUGUGCUGCCAACCUUUACUGAGCUCCCUGGAGAUUUAGCUUUAAAUAAAGGAGAACAACUUCAGCUAACUUGCAAAGCAGUUGGAGUUCCUGUGCCACAAAUCUCAUGGACUUUUAACAAUAAUAUCAUCCCAGCACAAUACGAUGGUGUGAAUGGACUUAGCCAACUUGUCAUUGAAAGAGUGUCCAAAGAGGACUCUGGAACCUAUGUGUGUACGGCG